AUGAAUCAUAGGGCUGAUGUUGCUGCUGCUAAUAUGCCCGGGAUAAGGUCUUACAGUUGCUACAGGUGUAGAACUCAUGUCGCACUUCAUGAUCAUCUCAUUUCCACAGACUUUCAGGGUCCAAAAGGGUGUGCUUUCCUAUUCUCCAGUGCAUUCAACGUUCGGUUGGGGAAGAGAGAAUACCCGCAGAUGAUGACGGGGCUUUUCAUGGUGGCGGAUGUCCACUGCGACGAUUGCCACAACGUGUCGGGAUGGAGGUACUUGAUAGCCGUCGAAGAUUCCCACAAGUAUAAGGAAGGGAAGUUCGUUAUUGAGAGAUUGAAUAUCACCGAGUUCGGGGAUGAGGAUUGA